AUGGGUCUCCGCGUCACCACUAAGUCUGUGGACGUUUCUGGGAGGGGAUGCUCCACACCAGGAGCUGCGGAGACUACAACUCCCAUCACGCCCCGCAGCCGGCUCCCUCCCCUCCCCUCUGCCCCCCCUCUCUACCUUGGCCGGCGGUUGGGAAGCUCUCAGCUUUUAUCUGCAGACCGGGCGGGAGGGUUCCGGAUCCCUGCGAUCUUCCCAGACCGGAGCGCUGUGCCCGGCGGUGGCAGUGGCGGUGGCGGAGGCUCUCAGCCGAGUUCUGCCUUUGCGUCCGCGCCAGCCCGGAGCCUCCGGGGGGCCGACGGUCAGUCCCGGCGCGGCGAGAGGAUGGUCAUCCGCGUGUUCAUCGCCUCCUCCUCGGGCUUCGUGGCGAUAAAGAAGAAGCAGCAAGAUGUGGUUAGAUUUCUGGAAGCCAACAAGAUAGAGUUUGAGGAGGUGGACAUCACGAUGUCAGAAGAGCAGAGGCAGUGGAUGUACAAGAACAUCCCCCUGGAGAAGAAGCCUGCCCAGGGCAACCCUCUGCCACCUCAGAUAUUUAAUGGUAACCGAUACUGUGGAGAUUAUGACAGUUUCUUUGAAUCCAAGGAAAGCAACACAGUCUUUUCAUUCUUAGGCCUCAAAUCACAGUUGGCAUCAAAGGCAGAACCUUAGCGAAGACAAGCGGAAGAGGACGGAGAUGCAUUGUGGAGCGCCCCUGGUACUCAGCACACACCUGCUUACCUAAUGCAUCACUGUGACAGAAGCCACAUGCAUUAUCAGUAACUUUGCUUGCCACGGAAAAGGUGUUUUGGGAAGACAUGGGUCUAAUGGGAUUGCAUGAGUGCUUUAAGCCAAAUCAGGCCCGUGGUGGGUUUUUUCCUUGUUUUCAGAAUUGCCUGCAGUUGCCUCACUCACCCGGAGGUACUGUCACCUGUUACAGGUGUGCCUCCUGAAUAACUGAGUGAUAAGCAGGUGGCACCAUCAGAGAGAAAGUACUGGAUCUGCCCUGGGUUGUAGUUGAUGCCAGGAUUGCUCAGACCUGCUUCUCUUCAGGCCGCCUAGGUGGUGUCCUUGAAAUUAGUCUGCCAGGCUCUUAGAAUAUUUUGAUCAGAAAGGAAAAAAAGCAAUGUUGGUUGACAAAGGGCUAAAGAUCUUUGCUGCAGAUUCACAGGCAUCACUAUUCCAGUGCUUUGUCAUAACUGUAGGAAAAACUUAGAUGUUCUAGCCUCCUUUUGGUAAUGGAAAUUCUUACCCCCCCCUAAAUCCUCCAAACCCCUACAGAUGUUUCCAGAAAUCACUGUUGCAACAAUGUGUGAUCAGAACCAGUUGACAGGGAUGAAAAGAAUUGCUAUUUGGAAAAAAAAAUGCUUUUUUAUCUCUUACAAAGGAAAAGUUUCACCUAAUGUGUAAGAUGACUUAAAAGAUAUCUUUAAAAAGGUGCACUGAUAGUUAAUUUAUAGGGACAUUAUCUGACUCGUACCUGAAGGCAUUUCAGCUCUAGCAACUUAUUAUGCGUAAGUGCACAUAUAUUUUUAAACGCAGCUCCCCCAACUAAUAGCUGCUUAUAUAUUUUGCAAAGGGAUUGUAUUUUUCGAGAAAGGAAGAUCUCGGUUAGAUAUAUUUUGUGAACCCUUGAUUGAUGAGGCAUAUUAAAAGAUACUAAUAUUGCUGCACACUUUAAUUUUUUUUCCUGUGUUACUUUUCAUCGGUCCUCUGACACUGCCAGUUCAUAUUUCUGGCCAAUGCACAGUUCCGGAUUUUCAGAGUAACAUAGAUACAUGUUCUCAUUCCAUAUAUGAACACCAGUGAUUUUUCAGAACAGAGUACAUACGAGAAAGGGGCUGUCAGAGACUCACUCUGAAUUGUACUUGGCAUGUGAAAUCUCUCCUUCCUUUGGAGUGGGUGCUGACAAACGCUGAACCCGUCGACUUCAUUAGGGCAAAGGCUUCUUUUCUGCAUCCUUGUCCCUGCUCACAUUUUUUUAGAGUUUUUAGUUGCCAAACCUGGGAAUAGUCUUGAAUAGAAUAAAUUCAGAGUGCUGCCUAAGAUAUUCUGCUAUUCUCAGUGUCCUGAUGGUGGACCUGCCCUUUUGAUUCUGAGCAGGAAGUUUGUAAGAAAUGGAAAGAACAGAAGAAUUUAGUCCCUGUCACCUGUGUUCUCUCUCCCUCCUAUUCUAAAGAACUUGUUGAAUGCUAAAGCUGACAUCCCAGCCUGAGAUUUGCAUCCCAGGACUACAACCAGAAGGAAAGCAUGCCACUGAUUCCUACAUGACUGGAACAGAUAUAUGAUCCACCAUUUUCUCUGCAAGGAAAGCUGCUGUAAAAUCAUGGCUGUGACUGCUUAGUUGGCAUUAAAUACGAUCCAGGUCAAAUUCCACUUGAUAAAUCCCAGGGACUAACCAGGAAAUGUUUUUGAACUGGAUAUCGUGUUAAAGUCUAAGAAGACUUAGAAUUUCUUUUUAAGAUACAGCAGUUUUUAAAAGUUAACGUUGCAGUGGUCUAACUUACAUUUUGUCUACUCUUGCCAGUGACUACCGAGAAGCAACUUGGUAAGAUUGAGUCUUGGGGUUGUAGGAUCAAUUCAAUACCUGCUAGACCAAGAAAGCUACUCAGAAUUGUUUGUCUCAAAACUUCUGAAUUACUCUGGUUGUAGUAGGCCCAGUAUGGUUGUCCUAAACAGACUAGAUGAAUAGGAGUGCUAAAUUAUUUACCACAGUUACAGAUCAUCUACCCCACCCCACUUUUUUUUUUUGGAGCAGCAAAGAAAUAGGAGAGACCAGCUUCACCUGGUAUUGUGCUUGUUAUGAGCAAGCUAGAAACACACUGUGUUGCAUUUCCCUCAGUACCCAGGCUCUGCAGAGUCCUAAGGUAUUGCCUUAGGACUAAGGCAAUACCUAAGGUAUUGCCCUCUGGGACUGCACUGUGUCCUUACUUGUGUUUUACCAGCUGAAUUCCAAACCUGUAAUGGUUUUCUUCAUCCUUUCUUUUUUCGUUUUGUUUUGUUUUGUUUUUUUACGGUACGCGGGCCUGUCACUGUUGUGGCCUCUCCCGUUGCGGAGCGCAGGCUCCGGACGCGCAGCCUCAGCGUCCAUGGCUCACGGACCCAGCCGCUCCACGGCAUGUGGGAUCCUCCCGGACCGGGACACGAACCCCUGUCCCCAGCAUCGGCAGGCGGAAUCUCAACCAGCGCGCCACCAGGGAAGCCCUUCAUCCCUUCUUUAACUAGCUGCCUUUAGAUCUGAAUAAUCAUAGUCUUAAAAAUCUAGGAAAGAAGUGGAUGGGAAUUGCAGACAUAGAUGUAAUAUCAAAAGCAUUUUAAGACAGAAUUUUUAUUUCCUGUAGUAGGCUUGUUGGGGCAAAGAAAAUGUGCUGCUAAAAAUCAAAUUAUCCCAUUUUAAAAUGAGAUAAAAUACAGAGAGUGCCAUCCUGCUAGGUAUAUGCAGACCAGAAGAAAAUUUAGUUGGGGAAGUACUUGUUUUUCCACAUUCUGGUAUUCUAUUAAAAUCAAAAAGGAGAAAAGGAGGAUUUUUUUUUUCUCUCAGGCUCUAAUAUAUUUUAGAUUUGUUUCUGUUUUAUAGAUUUAUUCAACACUCCCACAUACAUGUUUUUAUAUUACAUGAAUUUAAUAACGAACUAAACUUAUUUUUGUCCUUCCUUGUUGAAAGGUACCAAAGCCUCUUUCUGGUUUGUUUUGUUUUGUUUUUUAAUUUGAUUUUGCUGUAUAGGGUUUUGCUUUUUCUAGAAAUGCUUACAUCUUUUCUAAAGUGUCAGAGCCCACUUUGAUCUGCAAAAUUAUUGUGUUUAGAUUUCCAUUUGUAUGCAUUUAUUUGUCUCUAAAGGCAUUGGUGAAAUCUCAGAUUUUAUAUUCAGCAUUAAAGAGGAAUAAAUUACAGAAAACACAUAUUCUGAAAAUGGAGUGCUUGUUCCCGACCGUUUCUUACACCUUUUCUAAUUUUGCUUCUGUGUUUGGUUGAAACCUUCUUGUUUAGCUGGGAUGCUGUAUUUCUGCUCCCAUCAUGAACCCCAUACCUGAAAGCUGCAGAUUCGUUGUAAAAAUGCAGAUGGAUCAUUUGAGUACUUGAGGAGACACACUUGGGGUUGUGUGUGUGUGUUGGAGGUGACUGCAGAAUCAUCUCAGACAGUGACCAGGACGAAGGAUGGCGUUAAAUCACUCAUCCCCUGGUUGGUUCAAAUAGAUGACGGUGGUUUCUUGAGUACAAUGAAGCGAUGGGCUGUGGAUUCCCUUCCCUAAUUUCGUGCAGGAGAAAAGUACAGUGUAGCCACAGCCCUUAAUAGCAGGGCUGCCUUUGCUGCAAACACCUCUGAAGGCAGAAGACGUUUCUGAAGGCAGCGUCUGAGGUUAAGCCCAUCGCUGAACUAUUUCUAACUUAAACUCCAAGAUGAGGGAGGGUGAAGGAGGAGAUAAAGAGAACAGGCUGUCAGUUUCCAGAAGUGCACUAAAUUGUGAAGCCAAAGAAGCCAAGUAAUCCCCGCCCACUUGUAACCCAGAUUUUCAAAGUUUUCCUAGUUUUCUAGAAAUGCAGGCCAGGUUAGUUUGGUCAUCCCAUUAAUCAGCGUGUGUUGAACCCCUAGAAUGUGACAGGGACUGUCUGAGCAGGACAAUAGUCUCCACCCUCAAAGAGGAGAGAAACGGAGAAGAAUUAGCAGCAGUGACAGUGGCAGUGACUUGAGAAACAGGUAAGUUCACAGUGUUCCAAGCGAUGGUUCGUCAUCUGAAAUGUGCUGUAUAGUCUUUUUCUUUGUAUGUUUCAACCAGUCCAAUUUUUAAAAUGAUUUCCUACAGCAACAGAAUAAAUAUGUACACACACACGUAUAUAAUAUAUACACUGACAUAUAAAGAAAAAUAAACACACCCCCGUGUGUCUGCCACCAGCCGCCUGCCUUUCCUUUGGGGCUCUGUGUGCUCCCUCCCUGACCCUGUCUCGUCCCUGUUUGAUAGCGGGAGCCCAUCCAGAACGCCAUGUUGAUCAUAGCCUUCCUGUCCUUUAUUAUUUUACCUUUGUGUACAUAUCCUUAAAAACUAAUAAAUGGAAUUAAACUCUG